GGGACUGAAUAAUUUAAUAAUUUUUUACCUUCAUCUGAACAACACUAAGUAUGAGUGCUGAACUUGUCUCCAUAUUUUACGUUUUUAUCUGAUGGUAUCAGAACUUUUGGAAGAGGAUGGUAGAUGACCGAAGUUUAGGACAGUCAUAAUAAAUUGAUUUUAUUACUUAUUCAAAAGCAUUAUAAGUUCCCUUUUCCACAACCAUUAGCUAGGACCUGCUGGUUUCGAUCCUUACUAACAAAACCACCAGAUUUAAGGCAGCUUUCAUUGUAAAAACCUCACCAUCCCCUAUCCCAGAUGUCUUCUGUUCUUUCCAAUGUGGGAUUCAAAACUUCACCUCAAAACCCCCAUUCCAUUCCACCCGAACCCACUUUAUAUUUUGUUUUACCUUGUUGAAUCUUUCUGCUAUUUCCACUCAUCCUUGUUGAGGGAUGUGAAAGAUACACAAUCUACAGGGUUGAAGGGGAUCUGCGGUUAUGUUGACCUUUUUAUUGAAGGAUGUGUUCAAUCUACUUCCAAAUUCCAAUGUAUGAACGAAUUAAAGCUUUCGCAGGGUCCUUGGGUUAUUGUUGCAGUGCCUAUGGAUUCUGGAAAGAUUACCUUGUCAAGGAUGCUUCUUAGUUGGGCUUCUAAAUAGGGUUGGAAACCUACUUUUUAGAUUUAGACAGAGACAAAGAUCUAUAGCAAUUCCUUGAUCCAUUGCUGCAAAUCUGGUUGAACUGCCCGCUGAUCCAGUGGAAGGAAUAUCUCUUAAUAUCCUCUAGUUUACUUCCAUGGACAUGUAGUUGGGUACAGUAUUUUUGCUAAGUAUUGCAGGGGACUAGGCACUACAAUGGACAAGAUUUUAGCUUCUUUUCUUUUUUAAUAUCAAGUCCUGCCCAAUAUUUGUGCACGAACCAUACAUUUAUUGGCUAUUGCAAGUGUUCCACUAAUUCAUUUAGUGUCUGUUUGUUUCCAUCAAUAGUUUGUCAUUUUUUUGUUGCCUUUUCCCCCGAUGUGAACUUGGUUUUUUCAGUGUUAAUGUAGUUCUUUUCAAGGUACUCAUGAAGGAAAUUGCCCAACUUUGGAGAGACAGCUUGCCAAAAAUGCUGAGGCAUGGUGAUAAAUACCUUGGGAUGGAUAAAAAUCAUUUUAAUCACUCAAACAUAUCUGAUGAAUUAAAAAAUAAGUUCAUAAUAGUGAUUGCACUUAUACCAUGUUAUCUAAUAUUUUACUUCCAUUUUUUGACGGUGCUCCAUGCAAUUAAUAGGUUUUUAAUGCAACCAUUGUUCUGAUUCUGGAUCAGAUAUGGUGCAUUCAUCAAAUAAUGAUGCUACCAAUUCAAUUAGGCAUGCUAUUAUUCAUUUUCUCUCA